AUGCUUGAUCUUACUAACGAUAAUCGAAAUAUUUCAUUUAUUAUAACUAAUAGCAAUUGGACAGAAGCAAGCGAUGGUACACAAUUAAUUGUUACAGUUAAACUUCAGUAUCCUGUCUAUUGCUCGUCGAUAUGUUCAGAUGCACUUAUUACUGAAUUGUAUACAACACUUCUCAGCACUAGUAAAAUCAAGGACUUUACGUAUACAAAAGGAACUAUGACGUAUAAAAUAUAUAAACUUGAUUUCCAAGGAGCUGGCAGAUCCGUUCCACUUUCUAUACUCAUGUUAAGUUACCCAAUAGAAAACACAGCAAAUAUUACUGAAGGUCCAAUUACAGACGAAGCUUCACUCACAAAUAUAAAACAUGGCAUAGAAGAAUCAUUAGAUUCAUCGACAGACAUCGAAAUUCUAAGAGCAUCCUUUGUCCCAGUAACAACAUCUACGGCCAAGGCUUUACCUGUAGAACGACGCCUUCGUCGGGAGCGGCAAAAAAAAUACGUACUUGUUGUCAUCAUACGGUUCAUUUUUAUAUUUUCCACAUGUGAUCGUCGUUGUCAGCAGAACACUCUGAUGCCCAUAAUCGAUCAUAUACGUCCACCGCCGAAAAUUAUUAUAAUAGGCAUCGCCUUUAUAUUACCAAAACCAACCAUACACACAAUUCAAAGUUCUACACAGACAUCCGAUAUAGCGACAACAACACCGAAAACAACAAAAAUUCCAACAACAUCAAAACAAACAACUGCAACCCCAGGAACUUCAACAAUACAAAUAACAGGAACUUCAACAAUAAAAAUAACAGGACCUUCAACAACAACAAUAUCAGGCACAACAACAACAAUACCAGGCACAACAACAACAGCAGCAUCAGGCACAACAACAACAGCAGCAUCAGACACAACAACAACAGCAGCAUCAGACACGACAACAACAGUAUCAGGCACAACAACAACAACAAUAUCAGGCACAACAACAACAAUACCAGGCACAACAACAACAGUAUCAGGCACAACAACAACAGCAGCAUCAGACACAACAACAACAGCAGCAUCAGACACGACAACAACAGUAUCAGGCACAACAACAACAGUAUCAGGCACAACAACAACAGUAUCAGACACGACAACAACAGUAUCAGAUACAACAACAACAGCAUCAGACACGACAACAACAGUAUCAGAUACAACAACAGUAUCAGACACGACAACAACUGUAUCAGAUACAACAACGACAGUAUCAGAUACAACAACAACAACAGCAUCAGACACAACAACAACAGUAUCAGACACGACAACAACUGUAUCAGAUACAACAACAACAACAUCAGACACAACAACAACAGUAUCAGAUACAACAACAACUGUAUCAGACACGACAACAACAGUAUCAGAUACAACAGCAACAGUAUCAGAUACAACAACAACAGCAUCAGACACGACAACAACAGUAUCAGAUACAACAACAACAGUAUCAGACACGACAACAACUGUAUCAGAUACAACAACAACAGUAUCAGAUACAACAACAACAACAGCAUCAGACACAACAACAACAGUAUCAGAUACAACAAUGACAGCAUCAGACACAACAACAACAGUAUCAGACACGACAACAACUGUAUCAGAUACAACAACAACAGCAUCAGACACAACAACAACAGUAUCAGAUACAACAACAACUGUAUCAGACACGACAACAACAGUAUCAGAUACAACAGCAACAGUAUCAGACACGACAACAACUGUAUCAGAUACAACAACAACAGCAUCAGACACAACAACAACUGUAUCAGACACGACAACAACUGUAUCAGAUACAACAACAACAGCAUCAGACACAACAACAACAGUAUCAGAUACAACAACAACUGUAUCAGACACGACAACAACAGUAUCAGAUACAACAG